AUGGCGGAUGUAACAGUACUGAGGUGUUGGCCGGCAUGCGUCGAUGCAAUCGAUUGGUCCCCCGAUGGCAUCAUUGCACUAGCGUCCGAUGAGCGUGUAGAGCUGCUCUUUCCGAAUACUGUCGAUUUCGACAGAGACCAAGUCCUCCCUCAAUGGCAGCAUGUUCCGCUCAAGGUACCACUUUUCUCACUUGACGAGCUACCUCUCAAAGAACUUGCGCCGAUAUCCGAUUACUCAAUUGGUGAAGAAAUCUCCAAUAGUGCCCCCAUUAGCAUCGCGUGGUCACCGUCAGGCCUUGCAAAGCAUCGAAAGUGCGCCCUUGCUGUUCUUACUGCGAAUCUGACCCUUUCCAUCUGGUCAGCGCAGGGUAAGCCGCAAGAUGAAUCAAGCUGGACCCGGUGUCUUAUCAUUAACGAUGCCCUCGCUGAUCACUUUAGCGGCUGCCAUGGCGAGCCCAGCCACCUGACGGUAUCUUGCAAAGAACAGCUGCGCUUGAGAAGUCGUGUUCGUGCUUUUGCAUGGGCGCCAGCUUUACCUGACCCUGAGCCGGUCGCUAUCAUUGGGACUCGCUUGCUAUUCUCUCGGCACUUUCUGGCCAUGUCCAACGAUGACAACCAUCUCAUCCUCAUGGCGGUCGACUCGCCUACAUCGACCUUGGGAGUAGAGCGAAACUGGAGAGCAGAGGUUUUGACUCACAAAUCUUUGACACCCAAUUCAGACAAGGUAUUCUUGGAGCCACGUGUAUUUGAAGAUAUGAUGAAACAACAGCGACACAUAUCUCAUAUCGCAUGGAGUCCCUGGAUUCUGCACGAUGGCUGUCAAUACUCAGUGGUUGCGUACGCCACGAAUGAAGACGUGCGGGCAAGGGUCAUUAGGUAUGGAACCGACGAUAUGCACAUGGACGAGGAAGUAAUAUACCCUGGGGUUGAAAUGCGAUUUCAAGGUCCAAUGAAGUGGUCGCCCAAAGUCGAAGAUGGAGAUCGACUCAAACUUGCCCUCUUCACAAACUCGGGACUAGUUUGUCUGAGCAUAUCUGCAUACGAUGCCUCUAUCAUUGAAUCCAAAACACACGAUCUUGACGGGCGAUGGGACCAAAUUUCCGGUGCGACAUGGGAUACCGCCGACGAGUCAAUAUGUCGCCUUCAUGUAAGCUCACUGCUAUCCACUCUCCACAGUCCGACGUCUGUUCUCGAGGCCUCUUCGGACAAACUGGAAAGCCUGGGGAAUGCAAGCUGGCGAGAAAAGAUUGAAAACAAUCUGGCACUCUUCAGUGUUAAAAACGGGCUCAAGGGCAACAGUAAGGCCAAAGUGUGGGGUCUAUCCAGCUCUCCGCUAGGUGACUUUAUUGCGGCAUGCAACAGUGUGCAUCCGUCAGACAUGAUUGAAUACGGGAUACCUGCCGACAGAAGCGGGACCGUCGCCAUUAGUUCUUUGCGACAUGGCAGUGAACAGCGAGAGGCCUUUCCGAAAGCGAAUGUUAGCGCAGAGGGAGUGACGUAUACCAUACGGAAGCUGGCAGAAGACGUGGUUGAGGACCCUGAUGAUAUACCAGCGUUCGCAGAGGAGAUUGCGCAAAAGCUCACGCAGGCUUAUGCGGCUCCUGCAGCUCCGGAAGAGGAGGUGAAACAGCCGACUUUGGGUGCCGGUACAAGUGACAUCCACUCACUGAUCAAGGCGUUCAAGAUGGCAGCGUUUCUGAAUGAGCAUACGCUAAAAGAUAGGUAUGCGAUACUCGUAUCUAAAGCGUGUAAGACGGGAUCGCCGGACGAGCUAGCAAGAACGCUGAUAGCGUAUCGCCUUGCUAAUGCGGUGCAGCGUCUCCUGUCAUCAGUGGCUAAUACGCCUUUCAGCAUGGAGAUUGUGGCCCAGCAUCGACAGCUCAUUACGCUCGUCAACGAAGCCAUGGGGCAUGAGCCCGCAAAGGGCGAACCCUCCAACCACACAGGAUUCUCGGGCGGCGACAACAGAUGCGACUUCUGCUCUGCUUCGAUCCCGUUUAGUGACUUGAUGUCGGCAUCGUGCACGAACGGGCAUGAAUUCCCGAGAUGUGGAUUGAGCUUUGUGGCCAUCCAAGCGCCUGGUAUCACCAAGCACUGUGGUAUUUGCAGCACGCCAUUCCUGAGCGACGAGUUUGUGAUAGCCCAGGAACAUGGGGAAAGGACGAAGAAAGAUGAAGACAGCAUCAUGAUGGAUGUGACGCAGGAUGGACAUGGGAACGACGAGGACAUGGGAACAACAAAAGCAACCAGUGCACCGAAUGACGAGGAGGGAGAAGAGGCAGCUCAGGCCAUGGAUGGGGAAGCAGAGCAGAAAGGCAAGAAUGCCGAACAAGGAGAAACCGAGGUGAAAGGAAGGAGUCUUCCUGUAUCGUUAGCGCGUGUGCUGUUCCUGAGCUGCGAUGCUUGCAUCUACUGCGGGGGAAAGUUUGUCGGCUAA